AGAUCUUUUCAUUUUUUGAGAAUCCCCUUCAUUGUUCCCACUGCCCUAGCUCGGCGGAGGGGGCGGCAUGGCGGCGGCAGCGCAGAAGCAGCAGAGGGUGGCGGAGGAGCAGGAAAAGGAAGAUGAGAUGCAACAUGGUCCUUUUCCCAUAGAGCAUCUUCAGGCAUCUGGGAUUGCUGCCGUAGAUGUCAAGAAGUUAAAAGAUGCUGGACUUUGUACUGUGGAAUCUGUUGCAUAUACUCCAAGGAAAGAUCUGCUGCAAAUCAAAGGGAUUAGUGAUGCAAAAGUUGACAAAAUAAUUGAAGCAGCUUCUAAGUUGGUACCUCUUGGAUUUACUAGUGCAAGUCAACUCCAUGCUCAACGUCUUGAAAUAAUUCAGAUCACAUCUGGGUCAAGGGAACUUGAUAAGAUCUUGGAAGGAGGAAUUGAAACUGGAUCUAUUACUGAACUAUAUGGGGAGUUUCGUUCUGGUAAAACACAAUUGUGCCACACUCUCUGUGUCACCUGUCAGCUUCCAUUAGAUCAAGGUGGUGGUGAAGGAAAGGCAUUAUAUAUUGAUGCUGAGGGCACAUUUAGGCCUCAAAGACUACUUCAGAUUGCAGAUAGAUUUGGAUUGAACGGUGCUGAUGUUUUAGAAAAUGUAGCUUAUGCUAGAGCAUACAAUACUGAUCAUCAGUCAAGGUUAUUGCUGGAAGCAGCUUCAAUGAUGGUGGAAGCAAGGUUUGCUCUUAUGAUAGUGGACAGUGCAACAGCCCUUUACAGAACAGAUUUUUCUGGAAGAGGUGAACUGUCAGCCAGGCAAAUGCAUCUCGCAAAGUUCCUAAGGAGCCUUCAGAAAUUGGCCGAUGAAUUCGGGGUGGCUGUGGUCAUUACUAAUCAAGUCGUUGCACAAGUCGAUGGAUCUGCAAUUUUUGCCGGUCCACAAAUCAAGCCUAUUGGUGGAAACAUCAUGGCGCAUGCCACCACAACAAGGCUUGCCUUGCGCAAGGGAAGGGCAGAAGAACGCAUUUGUAAAGUGAUAAGCUCUCCAUGUUUAGCUGAAGCAGAAGCAAGGUUCCAGAUAUCUGCAGAAGGUGUCGCCGAUGUAAAAGAUUGAUCGGCACAUUUGUUGUCAUCCAUGUUUUCUAGUCCCUUUUGUAAAUGUAAAAACAUGUGGGAUCAUUCUGUAACAUGGUAUUCUGAGAAAGUUCAUGGAGAAAUCAGUAAUGCUAAUUUGUGUAUUCGGACCUUUAUUCAUAUUUUGAAAUUUAUGUUUAAUUAAAAUACAGUUUACACUUUCUA